CCGAACUGACUGUAACUAUUGCGUUUGUGAAAGAGAUCUUCAAAGCAGCCUUUAUGAUCUAAAAUCUGUAACUUUAUCAAAAAGGAACAAAGAAAAUGCAAAUAAAUCAGGCAGGCUAUUCUGUUCAGAUUUCGAGUUAUUGGAUAUUGGAACUGCCCAGAGACUUCGCGGUCCUCUUGACAUUUGAAGGUCGGGGCUACGUAAAUAUAACGUGCAAUUGAAAUUUGUUUAAUAAUGUUUCUGUAAACUUUAUGUACAUUCCACGUCCCGGUACCUACUACUUGAUUUUUCAGAAUAUCGCUUUUCAAUGGACUAUUUAAUAAAAUCUUGUGAAAGUUUAGUCAACCCUACCUGUUCUAUUGAAUUUGAAAAACUUGUGGAAUUUGGCUUAACCGGAAUCGUCAUUCGUGAAUAUCAACUACAAGGAAUUAACUGGUUAAUAAAUUGUGAUUUACAAAAUCAUGGUGGACUAUUAUGUGAUGAAAUGGGUUUAGGUAAAACAUGUCAGGUUAUUUGUUUUAUUUUAGCUAUCAGUAAUUGGAAAUCUAAUGCUACUUUUUUAAUUGUAUCUCCACUUUCUGUUAUAGAAAAUUGGAGAUGUGAACUUCAAAAUAUUGCUCCUAAUAUUUCAUUCAUGACUUAUAUCGGUGACAAAGUAACACGUUCUAACUUACAAUCUAAUUAUAAUAAAUCAAUUAAAAUCCUGUUAACUACUUACGAGAUUUGUAUUAAUGAUGAAGCAUUUUUUAAAACAUUCUAUUGGAACUAUGUCAUUAUUGAUGAAGGGCAUCGUCUUAAAAACUCUAAUACUCAAUUGUAUUCAAUGUUAAAUGAGACAUGUCUAGGAAUUCGUUUUAUACUAACUGGUACACCAGUUCAAAAUAACUUAGAAGAGUUGUUCAAUUUACUGCAUUUUGUCGCACCUAACUAUUUCCAUGGAAAAUUACGUUCUACAUUUUUAACUCAUUUUGGCAAUGCAGAUAAAAAAGAUGAAACAGAUCAAGAUAUGGCAAAAAUUCUACGUCCAUUCCUUUUACGGCGUAUUAAACAAAAUGUCUUAACUGAUUUACCACCACGUGCAGAUAUUUUAAUCUAUCAUUCAUUAACCAGUUUACAAACACAAAUUUAUCGGGCCCUAUUAACACGAAAUGCAGAUUUAUUUCAAUCUAUUACUGGUCAACAUAAUAAUAAUCUACGUAUUCACAAUCGUUUACAGAACUUGAUUAUGAAUUUAAGAAAAUGUGUAAAUCAUCCAUAUUUAUUUGAUGGUAUAGAACCAGAACCAUUCACACUUGGUGAACAUUUAAUUCAAACCAGUUCAAAACUUUUUUUAUUAGAUCUUCUUUUACAAUUUCUAUAUAAUCCUAAUCAUUCUAAUUUAGAUAAAUCAUUUUAUUCUUCUAAUUCAAAACCUAUACAUAAAGUUUUAAUCUUUUCUCAAAUGACUCGUAUGCUUGAUAUUAUACAAGAUUAUAUGACUUUAAGAGGUUAUAGUUAUGAACGUUUAGAUGGUUCAGUACGUGGUGAAGAUCGUUUUCAAGCUGUUAAGAGUUUUAAUGAAGAUCAAGAAACAUUUGUGUUUCUACUUAGUACUCGUGCAGGUGGUCAGGGUUUGAAUCUUGUCUCUGCUGAUACUGUUAUUUUUGUUGAUAAUGAUUUUAAUCCACAAAUCGAUGUACAAGCCGCUGGGCGUGCUCAUCGUAUUGGUCAGACCAAGCCAGUUCGAAUAAUAAGACUUGUUUGCCGGCAUACUGUUGAAGAAGCAAUAUUGUCUCGUGCAGAGACCAAAUUAAAAUUAGCAACUCGUGUAUUAAAUACGACAGAUUUAAAAAAUCUAGAAAAUAAAACUGAUAAACCGUUCACAUUCGAUGAGUUGAAUAAUGUUCUUAAAUUUGGAUUGGCUAAACUACUCAAGACAACUGAUAACAAUGUUGGCAACAAUGAUGGGGAUGACAAGAAAGUUAAUCUGAAUUUUACUCAAAUACUUGGUGAAACAGAUCAUGAAACCGGACACUGGUUACCAGUUCCUCCAUCCACCAUAAAUAAUGGCACCUUAGAAGAACAGAUAAAUUCUUGUGGUUGGGUGUUACUCACAAAUGAACCGUUUCACUGUGAACCUAGUGAAGCUGAUCAAGAAGCAGUUAAAAAGUUGCAACAAGACUAUGAAUUAACCAAAUCUAAAUUAAGCGUUGAAGAUGAUGAAUUGCUUGCAUCAGAAAAUAUCACAGGAUUUAGUGUAUCGAAUUCUACUUUCACCAAAUUGAAUAACCAUCGCAAAAAGUUAACACCAGAAGAAAUUGAAGCUCGUAAUAAAAAGGCUGCUGAGACUAAAGCUAAACGUGAAUAUAAACGAAAAGAAAAUGAAGCAAUUCGGAGCGCUGAACGUUUAGAAAGAAAACUUUCCUUAUGGCAAUCUGUUGGCUAUAAAACAUUCAGUGUGUUCCGAGAUGAAUCAACUAUAGCUGAAGUAAAUCAUUAUCCACAUCCUAAUCAUAGGGAUCAAUUAGAGAAUGUACUUGAUAAUGAUAAUGACUUCAGAGAUGAAAUAAGAAAUAACAUGGCAAGUGAAGAGUUUCCAUAUGGAACUGAUGCUGGAAUCUACUAUAAAAUUGGUGAUGCCUCUGAGCCACUUAGUAUUUUCUCAUUAAUGAAAGCUGAAAAUAAAAUUGAUGGUACACCACCAUAUUUUGUAUGUACUACUAUUGGUAAGUUUAAUGUCUUUUCAGAUCACUGAUGCUUUCUAAUAAUAAAUUUAAAACUUAGACAUGCUAUAUAUGAAGUGAUUACGAGUUCACCUAAUUUGAGAACGGAACGAGGAUUCUGUAACACAAUGACAGAAAGCUAGCUAUUCUGACGCAUCCUAGCCCGCUAACUAGAGAGAGAAGUCCAAGUUCGAACGGGGAAAUAUAUUCUGUAAGCAGCCAGAAGCAUAAGCAACAACAACAGACAUAAAUCAAACGGAUAUAUACAGCCAUAAACUGUCCUUGGGAAGCGUUAAAAAAUAACAUACUAAAAAGAUACAACGAACCAAUAGCGUUUAAGAUCCUCCGAAGUGGAAAGUGCAACAUGAAGGUGGAAAUGAGCGCUUUUGGCGCGGAAACAAGAAAUUCAAAUUUUUAAAAUAAAAUUACAAAAAAUAAGGUAUUUAUCAAGUAAGUUCUGGCGAUCUAACACCCCCAACAUAAUACAACAUAAAUUUAUUUUGGAAAAUAAUGUGAAAGAUAAUGUAUCUGAAGUGAGCUCAUUUGUUUAAUUGGUUAGCUUUCAUUAUGGUUCUGGAUAACAUUAUUGGUGUUUACUCCACGUGGAAGUAUGCUUCUAAUAUCCCGAUGAGAAUAAUGAAUGGUAAUUGUUGGAAUCUAUUUCUGGACAAAUACUGUACAUAUAUAUUUAUCGUAUAAUUGUUAAGUAAUCCAACUAUUGAUAUUCGUGUCCCUCUUAUCAUAAGCUUUAUUUUGACCCCAUAGACUAUUAUCAUUAUUCUUAAGUUAUGUCCAAUCUAUCAAUUACUAUCUCCUAUAUUCACAGCCACAUUUGGCUGGAUCUUGUAUAAAUGUUGUUUCCUAUUUUUAUGGUACGAUGUGGUCUCUCUGAUUGGUAUAUAAAUUCCAGUAUGUUUGAAAUACAUGAUUCAUAUCGUAGAGUCAAAGAUUGGUGUUUUGGAUUUAACAGGCAGGGCUCGGCGGGAAGCAGGACCGAUAAGGACUGUAGACUGCUUGUACUUGUUUUAUGCGUCAUUGGUCCGAUCGAUAAUUCACUCCUCUCUUAUUGGCGGUAUCAUUAUGCUAUACAUUAAUAGGAUACAGGGCACAAGUUAUAACAAAGCUGUUUAAUCAGUCCAAACACUCCAAAUCAGCCUGUUCUGACGAUUUUUUUCUAUAAAUGGUUGGGUGUUUUCGUAGGUUUUUAUAAUUUAUAUUUUUCUUUGUAUCUUCAUUGAGCGACAUACUUAGUUCACCCUUUCCCGUGUUAUUGAUCAUUUUUAAAAAUAUAGAUUGGUCAAUAAGGCUUAUGUUGAUAUGUCUAUUGAUUGCCGAUCGGCCUGAAUAUCAGCAACGAUGAUGUUUUUUUUCAAAAACGUUUACAUGACAGACUGAAUUACUAGGAUUGUUGUUUGUAUGAGACCAUGGUCGCUACCGUGGUGUAGCGGUUAGUGCAUUAGACUUUGAAUCCAGCGACCCCUCAUGAGACCAUAAACUUAUUAUGUUGAUAAAAAUAAUCGAAUAUCAGUAGUCACUUCUUUUUUUCCAAUUACUGACAAACUACCAACAUCGAUGCUAAUAAACUAAGCCUGAAAAAAAUUAUCCAAACACGUCGAUAGUACCGAACCAUUGCUUUAUAUGUACAACAUAAGGUGAUAAAGCGCAAAAUAACGAGAUACCUGAAUUGUCUAACUUUUAAGGACCUCUAGAAAUGAUUUAAACAAGAGAAAUAGAGAUAGGUCAAGUUUGUUGCCACAAAUGAGGAUUAGUUGACUGAUUCCAAUGAUUCCAAGCACCUCCAGGUUGCAUCUCCUCAUUUCUGCAGCAAUUUGGAAGACUCUCUCGGUGUACCACAUUAUACGAGCAUUCCACGUACCUAAAUAAAUGGUUGCUCUGGUUGUCAGAAGGGGCAUCAUCAUCGUGACUUCCGAAGGAACUCGGCUUUCAUCAUUAGGCGUCAUAACUCUUCUAAAUGAAGACCUUCUAACUCCUAGGGUAGAGUUUAAAUGGUUUGAAUAAUUUUUUCUGGUCAGCGUUAUUUAGCGAGUUAGUUUUCUACAGGAUGGGAUCGCUAAUUUCAUGCCCAUCCCUCCUCCUUUGUCUGGGCUUGGGACCUGCAGUAGCCCCAGAGGGGGGUUACAGGCGGAGUUAGGAUUAGUUGACAGUGAACAAGAUCUCUAAUUUUGUUAGAUUACUUUUUCGUUGCUUAUUUGUUGAACAUAUCACUUCACAGGUUAUAUCAUUCUCAGUCAGUCAGUCAGUCAGUAACAACGUAGAACUUCGUACGUACGUACAUCAGUUCGAGUUGCCAUACCACAUUAGCACAGAGAUGCAGUUGUCGAUUCAAAACCCGUAGUGGUAGAGGUAGCAAGAGUAUAAGCAGUAAUCGGGAAGAUUAGGGUUUGGAGAUGUUAUUUAAAGAGUAUAAUACAGUAAAAUAAAUUUGGAAAGAGAAAAAAGAAAGGGACAUGAAGAAUUCAGAAGAUUAGAAUUUGGGAGAACACAGAGAGUGGAUGCACCUGCGCCAUUGCAAACGAUUUUUAGCCAUGUCAUUCAGGGUCUCUAACCAAACCACAAGGGUUGAUGAGACUUCCAAGAUAAGUGAAGCGGUCGACACACUCAACUACUUCACUCCCUAUCACUAGUUCGGGUGUCGAUGUAACCCAAUCCUGAAGCAACAUUUUGCAUUUCGAGGGAGAGAAUCGCAUCCCGAACAUGCUUGCAUUGUUGCUUAGAGUGGUCAGAAGACUCUGCAUUUUGUCAGCGUCUUCACCAAAUAAAACUAUGUCAUCUGCAUAUUCUAAGUCAACAAGUGAACCUCCCGGUAGAAAUUCAACCCCUGGAAAUUUAGAUGAGGAAAGUGUUAUCUCUAAACGUACGUCAAUAACAAAGUUAAACAAGAAUGGGGAGAGUGGACAGCCCUGACAUCAUUCUAUGUAUAGUAAUUUUCCAAUCUCAUUUGUGAAAUUCUCUUCAAUUUAUACGUUUUUUUUUUACAGAUAACAGUGGUCAUUGGAGUCGUGGUGGAAUAUUUCGAGCUCUUGAUAGACGUAGUAAUAAUCAAAUCAAAGAUGCAUAUGAAUUAGCUGGUCAAAUGGAUGAUUUAAAUUUAGGUGAUUGUUUAAUUGUUCCAAUUGAGAAUUCUGACGAUUCAUCAUCUUCAUCAUCAACAAAAAAAGAAAUUAAAACUUUUAAUGACUAUUUAACCAACCAUCAUAACAAUAAUGAUAAUAGUGAUGAUGAUAGCACUAAACCGACUGUCCAUAAUCAUUGGUCAAAUAAUUUUUCUGGCCUGUUAAUUGCUCAAAAACAUUCCAGUAAAACGUAUUCAACUGGUGAAGCUCCAGAUUUACAACUAAAUGCAUUAGAAAAAAGUUUAUGUGCUCUUGGAAUGGCUUGUGCACGUUUGAAAUUGUGUAAGUCAUAAUGAAGGAUUGAAUUUGUAGAUUAUUAACCAUUUUAUUUCGUGUCCAGAUAAUAAGAGCUAAGUUUUUUUUUAUAUUUUAUCACCGAGAUGUUAUAACAUAACACUAUUUUUAGCAAAGAUGUAUAAUGGCUAGCAGUGAAAUCUGGGAAUCGCGUUUCGUUCUCAUUGAAACUAGUCAACUGGAUGUACUUUCAUCUCAGAUUUGGUAUUCACUCCGGGACUCAAACUCAGUAACGUUCGCUUCAAAUGUCACCACUUUAUCCACAUAGCUACUGUAACCUGAUACAAACUAGCUUGUGCAAUGGGGUGAAGUUUUAAUUCAUUUUUAUAUUGUUUGUUUGAAUCUUCCUAUUGAUAUUUAGGACUGCAGUUAAUCAGUUUGCUAUUGGUAUAUGCAUCCUGUGCAGAUUGCCACGAUAUUGCCCUAAGUCACAAACAUUAUGAACAACUGACAGAUCUCAAAUAAGACGAAAUGAAUGUCCUGUGCGGAUUGCCUUAAUAAUAGCCAUUGUUUCCCAAGUUUAUAUAGAAUAAAUGGAAUGUGGCGAGUCCCAAUUAGGACAAAAAACGCUUACUAGACUCCACUUACAUCCAUAUUCCAUCUAUUCUAUGUAAGCUGGUGGAUGAUGUUUUUCCAAUAAUUAUUGAAUAAUACAUCAUGUGAUUUGUCAGUAUUUAUCGUCCCUUUUGAACAAAUGAACUAGCGUUACAGGUUCGAGCCACUACAUCUUAUGCAAUAUGUAGGAGACCAGUUCGAAUCUAAUUGGAAAACGAUGAAGAUAUACGACAGAUCAUUCUAAAUGACCACCGUAAACCAUGUUUGCCCAAGAUAGAGCUACGUAUUGCUUUCUAAUGAGUGAACAUCUCCCUGAGUGACUUAGAAAGGGCCCGACGAAAACGAGGCUUGACUCUAUCUUAGCACAUUUGAUUAACAAUGGUCAUAUAGUUGGCAAAGUCAAAUCAUUUCGAGUGAUCUACCAUAUACUCAUUUCGUUUCCCAAUAAGAUUUAAUCUCAUCUCCAACUUAUCAUUCUUUAUUUUAAGCUUUCUAACUCGUAUCAGAAAGGGGUAUUGUGGAUAUUAUAGUAAUUUCAAUAGUUGAGAUCAUGAGUCAAUUAAAUCCGGUGUUCAUCUUGUUGUGCUAAUGAGGUAUGGCAUUUGUAGCUGACUGACUGACUGUACUUAAAAAUACCUUAAAUAUCGAUGACACAUUUAACAAUAUUUUAGAUUUUUUUUUUAUUUUGCAGGCUCUGUUCAUAUUCCCCGAUUAGGGCAUGGAACUCAAGCAUUUACAUGGUAUAAAAUUGAAAGAUUAUUAAGAAAACAUCUUGUUGAUCAUCAUCAUAUUUCAGUAUAUGUAUAUUAUUAUCGUCCAGUUAAUGCAGAUAAUCAUCAUUCAUCUGAUUCCUGUACAACAUCUACUGCUUCAUGUUCGUCUACAUCAACUAAAGAACCUUUCAAGUCUCUGAAACGAAAAAUCUCCUCUUCAGAAAACAAAAUUAAUUUUAAUCAAAAUCUGGAAACUAUACAACCAGCCAAAUAUUUGUAUAAUUUAUUUACAGGCAAAUCAUUCUAUAUUGACAGUUCUUUAGUUGAUGACAAUGAUGGUGAUGUGAAGAAGUUAAAACGAAUAAUCAUUGCAUAUCCUUUUUAUUUGUUCAUUAUUUAAAUGUAAAUUAGAUUGUAAACGAAAUGAUAAGUAUGAACUAACUUUAAGAGAAGACUAAAAUUAUGCUCUUUUUCUUGUGAUAUAAUGUUUCGGUCACGAACUGUCAUUUGCUGGAUCAUGAAUGAGAACCUGGAAACUAUAGAUAGUUGUUUCGUCUUAGUAUAACAUUCCUUGAUAGACAGCCUUCACGACCCUACAUCCGAAAAUCAAACCUAGUAGAAUUCAACUAUCUCGAGUGUGAGACAAUUAUCCACUAUAGGUAAUGGAUGAGGGUGAUACAACAUCGUAAAUUGAUUGAAAUUAGACAUUUACCCAAUUGGAUGUCAGCUCAAUAGAUCCAAUAUCCUAGGGGAGUUGUCCCAACUGUUGUUGCUACCUUGACGUGGUGGUCGGGCUUAUCUAUCGUGAUGAACCAGUCGAGCUAUACUGGCUGGAAUAAUCGUUCGUCAAGGUCCUAUCAUGCCAGACAGGUCGGUUGAAGAACGGUAAGACUAAAAGCAGCAAACCCAAAAUUCGAAGGCGAAGUCGUACUGUUGAAUGUACAGAGGUGCGUUUUUCGGACAAUUAGCAUAACAGUGAUACUGCCUUCCCACAACGAGGAGUGGGGUUAGAAAAGGUCGACCCUAAAAAUGCACACUUCGCCCUAUCCUACGGAUAUCCGUCCCCGGCGGUUAAGGUCUCAACAAGUACGGAGCUAACAAGAAAAUUACUCGCAAAAAGUUAGUGUGUGACCGACCUCAAGCAGUUGUCCCUUGGGCCCUGUGGUCACGCUCUCGGGUCACUAAGACCACCCCUAACCCAGUUUCUUUUUCAGGUAUCUCCAGAAAAACCUUUCCAUGGUAUGGGCAACCGGGAAGCGAUAACUGCACUCAUGACCACUGUAUUCAUAAUCAACCUCUCUGAGGGGGUUGUAGAUGUGCACUGCUUAGGUGCUUCAUACUGAGACGAAACAGCUCUUCUGUGUUUUCUGAUUCUCAAUGAUGGUCUAGAUUAAAUCACUUCACGAUUUAAACGAUUAAAAUCCUCAAACUUGUACAAAUUCCUUCAUACUAAUGUUUUUUUAAAUAGAUAUAUAAUUAUGGUGGAAAACAGUUACUUAUUCACUUGACUAAGCUGUUAACCCACACUGUAUUCAUAAAUUCUAGUAAUACUAUCUGCCUUUUUGAAUCUCCUUAGUUGAUAUCGGAUUCAGUUAAAACUACUGAAUUAUAGUUUCCCUCUAGUCUAAGGUAAAAUGCUUAUCCAAUCCCACUGUCAUCUUUCCGUGAAAAUUCUAGAUUAUAUUUCUUGAUUGUAGUUAGCAGUGAAGUUUAGGACGCCUUUAAAGCGAUAGGUGCUGAUUGCCAGUUUUAGUAUAAUCUCCGGGUACAUUCAACUCAUGAGUCUCAGUUAAGAUGAAAUGCACCUCGUAAAUUAAUUGUAUUCACAAUUCAAAAACACAAUCAAACUUGUAACUGUAAUUCGUAUCUAAAUAAUGACUGAGUCGUUGCUUAUCCCAACAGAGAGUAUUUGGAAUUCAUUACUGAACACCACUGAUGUUAGAAAAUAAACCUUAGUUUGUGUUUAAACCGGAAAAUUUUAACAUUUCAUAAUCACUCAGCUGAUGAGUCCCAAAUAGGACAUAAUGCGCGUCCUAAAAUACACUACUAGUCACUAUCCAUCUUUGACUGACCAAAUAUUAGCCUUUUUAAACGAACAAGUGAUACAAUGUCAUUCUACUUUUUAACGAUGAAUAUAGCUUUCAUCUUCCCUUAACUCAAUAUUGUUAUUGAUUAAUCUAGUUCACUUAUGAUGGUGUUGUAGUAUCCAACCUAGACUCAUCUGUUACGCAUAUUAUUUACACAGGUAAAUUAAACCAGAGGAUGAAACCGAUCGAUAAAGAGAAUUGUUUUCAAUUAUCUGCAUCAUGGAUUUGGCAAAGUAUAAAAAAGCGUAUCUGUCUACCAGAAUCUGACUAUAAUAUAAUGUAAUAUUUUAUGCCUACUUUCUUUUAUUUUUAAGAUUGUAAACAUUAUUUUUCUAAAAGCAUAUCACUUUCCUUUUAAGAUUUCUAUUAAUACUGUAUAUUGACUAUUUGUAUACAGCAAUAAAGUGAUAUAUUGAACGAAUUCAAUUAUGUUCUUUAAAAAUAUACAUAUACUUGGUAAUGAAUGAUUAGAAAAAAAUCAACAGGAUAAGGAGAAUAUGCUCCCAUCUUAACACCAGCUAAAUCCAAGAACCUAUUCUGAUUUGUCAAGAUUGAAAGAUGGUACAUUGAACCAGUCAGAAAUUGGCCAAAUGAUAAAUGCGCGUGAUUGCCACUCCCCUAAUGCCCUAGUACGACCGAUAGUGGGGAGCUUCCACUCUCUCUCGAAAUGCUCUCACAUGGCCACGUGCAUACAACCACUGUCAGGGAAGUCCUACACACUACCAUCUUGCGGCAUUAUUGUUGUUUACGAAAUUGAGAGGGCAAAAAGCAAAUGUCCGAUGCUUUAACCGGGCUGGCGGACACGGAUAGUCCAGCUAGGGGAGUAGGAAAACCCUGAUUCCAAACCAAUGGUGCACAUGGAGUCCAGUAUCCUGAAGGAACAAGUGGCGCAUGAACCAAUCGUCGGUCACUGACUAUCAUGGGACUGUAUCUCCUGACGUUGCUCCACUGUCUCGUGGAUCAGACCUUUAGGUCGAAGGCCCCGGGUGUGGCCCCCUAAGAUAACCACCCGCUCUGGUUUGGGCACCCUAUCAGUAUCCGAGACCCCACAGAAAUCUAUUGGUUCGUUCGGUGCCUCCCUGUACCAAUGUUUAUGUGUUUAAAUAAAUAAGUGCGCGUGCAUGGCCUAUAAACAGGUUUCAUUCAUAAGAGGUGAAACAUACAUCAGUAGCCUAAUUUUUUAAGGAUAUAAAUAUACGAGUGCACAUACAGUCGAUUCGCUUCGUCAAUAAACUACUUUUCUCAUUGUCUUUUAAUUCGAGCAGUCAGUUGAGGCCAUUCUUAGGAAGACUGUGUAUCAUUAUCACACUCAAACACCGCACGCUACAAAAGCGCUAGGUUUGUGUUUUAUAGUUGCUAACAUUCAUUAAAAAUCUACAUGAGAUACGUCCUUUAAUUGACCAUUAGGUGGCAAACCAUGUAUUAUCAAAUAAUUAUGCUAUUAAAGUUCUAGAUAAGUUAACUGGCUCAAUUACAACCAACAGGUUGUUUCUUGUUUUCUAAAUGCAUCACAUGGAGCUUUGGAUCUUCAAAUAAAUUUUCGUUUAC